AUGCCCCAGAGCACACAUUUGGAUUUUUCAAGAAGGAUACACAUAAAUAAUGCUGGUCAUCAAGAAUCUGUCUGGCAUUACAUAGAACCUACCGAGGACGUGCUUUGCAGGAACUUCGUGGGCCUGUUGGGCGUGGGCCAGUUCCUGGUGAAGACCAGCACCAUUGCCACCUUUUGGCAUGCCCACAACGCGCGGGGGAUGACGUUCAGCGUGAACCUCGUCAUCAUGGUCACCGUGGAGGCCAAAAACCCAGCCGACCUGCCCAAGCUGGUGGAGGGGCUGAAGCGGCUGGCCACACUGGACCUCAUGGUGCAGAGCAUCACUGAGGAGCUCAGGGAGCACAUCAUCGUGGGGGCCGGUGAGCUGCACCUGGAGAUUUGCCUGAAGGACCUAGGGGAGGACUACGCCUGCAUUCCCUUUGAGAAAUUCCACCCAGUCGCCUUGUACCACGAGACCGUCAGCGAGGUGUCGAAAGUGCUAUGCUCGUCCUAUUCCCCCAACAAGCACAAGCAGCUCUACAGGAAGGCACAGCUCCCCGAAGGCCUGGCGGAGGACACUGACCAGGGCGAGGUCUCUGCCCACCAGGGCCUCAAGCAAGGGGCCUGCUUCCCGGCCGAGAAGUACGAGCGGGACAUGCCCGAAGCCCCCAAGAUCUGGUGCUUUGGGCCCUCUAGUGCCGGCCCCAACAUCCUCAACCACGUCACCACGGGCACGCAGUACCUCAAGGAAUCACCUACAGCGCGGCGGCCGAGGUGGCGCUGUGCGAGAACGCGCGGGGCGUGCGCUUCACGUCCACUUCGGGUCGUGGCACGCAGACGCCAUGCAGAGCCUCCACACUACAGGCCGUGCCCCGACGCCAGGGGCUGA